CCCUUACGUGCUCAUUCUGUAGCAGACCGUCGAACCGAUCGGACUCUGUUGACGUCGGACUAUUUUGAAAAGGCUAACGCGCGAAAUAUACACAUACACAUAUACACGCGUAUCUAUGCAGUUUUCCAGUCGGCUAAAUAACAGUCAACAAAACAGCAAUUUCUGAUUAGAAUCAGAAGAAGACAAAGAAGAGGAAGUAGAAGAGGAGGAGGAAGAAGAAGAAGAAGAAGAAAGGGAAGAAAAGACGGUGGCUCAGUUAGAACGAUUUCUCUAUUUGGAAAGGCUUGUCAACUGCGGUGUUGAUUUACAUCACCGAUAAAUAACGAUCACCGGAUCCGGCCAAUCGACAUCGAGACGAACGACACGCUUUCCCUAUUUUUUAAGGAAGCAAAAGAAAGAAAAAAAAACGAAAUAAAGACUUACUUUCGAAAUCGACGUGUAUUAUACAUGUAUAUUACGCGUCGUUGAGAAAGAGUCCUUUUUUGAGAAUAACUGAUUACGUUUACGUUUGAUAUCGUAAUCGGUAAUACUAGGGGGUGAUUUUAUUUGAAAAUUAAUUUAAUAUUUUCGAUUAAUCACCUCUGUUGUGUUCUUUAUCCUUCAAUCCAAAGGAAAGAGUUUCUUUUGAAAUUCUUCUUUUUUCGGUAUCAACAACAACUACAUCUUUACCAUCAUCAUCAUCAUCAUCACUAACUACUACCAUCAUACUACCAGCGCUGUUACGGAGUUCUUGAAAAAACUCGUUUUGAACUUUCUAGAAGGCGCGUGGAGUUUCAUUUGAAAGUCAGGGAAAGAAGAGAGAGAGAAAGGGAAAGAGAUAAAAUUUUAUUGAUAAAAAAGAAGAGAAAGAUAGAGAGGAGGAUAAAGGAAACAAGUUGUGGUAAAAAGAAAUAAAAAGGAAGCUUGAAUAAAACUUGAUAAAAAAGAACUCGGCUCUGCUUGUAUUAUCGUAACAACAGAGAUGGCGUUUAUGAUGCCGGUGAUGAAAAAUGAGUGGGACAUUUAUAAAACCAAUCGAAACAGGAGAUCCUCCGAAUGUUCGAAUCCUCGUGCCUGUCGCAGUAGAAAGGUAUCGGAAUGUUCGAAAUCGGCAGGACCGUCCUUGUCGACGUCACCAGGUUCGGAUUUUCUAACCUCACCAGCCCAUCGAUCUGUAUCCUUGACUUCUCGACAUUUCUCUCGAGCAUCAUCAAGAGCGUCUCAGAGCUCGCUUCAGAGCCCAAGCAAAAGUACCGGCUCCUCUCCCCCAAAAACCGGUAGUUCGAAUUCCCUCAACAAGUUUCACAUUUGUCUCGUUGACAAACUUAAAAGAAGCUUGAAAAAAGGAGACGACGAUGAGGAAGAUCAAAGAAACUUAUCAUGAAACAGUCCCGGGGUUUCGAGGCGGACACACGGUCCCGUUUCGAAACCGAUCGAAAUCCGUCGAACUUCGGCACCAGUCGCGACAAUUGAACCGAAUAGCGGUGUGGUGGCGCGAUCAUGUCCGGAUCAACCUUCGGCGUUGUAGUAAAUCUCUAAUAAAUGAGGAAAGAGAUGGGAAACGAAUGAAACAACUUACCCCACCAAACCAAUCAACCAACCAAACUACCAACCAAUCGACAACCAACCGAUCAAACAACCAACCAACGGGAUGAUCAAACUGGAUUGACCAGCUAAGAGAAAAAUAUUCAAAAUGGCGAAUAUGAAGAGAAAUCAGAAUGAUCAUUAAAUCAAUGGGGAUUUGAAUAUCUUAUAAAUUCGAUUAAACAACGACCUUGAAAGUUUAACAACACAUGAUGAUAAUGAUGAUGAUGAUGAUGAUGAUGAUGACAUUUGCUUGCUACAAGGCAAUCUAAAUUCUUUCUCUUUUUCGUUUCCCUUUGAAAAAUUAUUCUUUCCUUUAAUAAACGUUCGAAGAUUUAUGAUUAACGGGAGAUUUCUAUUUUCAAUGAAAUCAUAUACUAUACGUUUAUAUGAAAAGAAGAAAACCAACAAAUGCCAGCCACACCACCCACUUUCCCCUUCUCAAAAUGUUAUUAUCAUCGAUGGAAGGUUCUGUUAUCGAUUUAUUGUGCUUGAUAACGAUUGAGAAAGGAUCUUUUUAAGAUCGUCUAUGAAAUAUGCAGCUUCGUAUUCGAGGCUAACGAACGAAGAAGAAGAAGCAGAAGUAGAAGUAGAAAUAGAAUUUGAAGUAGAAGAAGAACAAAAAGAAGAAGAAGAGGAAGAAGAAGAAAAAGGAAGCUACUUGCUGUUAUGUAUGCAGUUUUCGAUGCAUCUUCUUCCGAUGCAUUCAGACGACUAGGAUCGAGUAUAAAAGAUCGUACGAUAAGAAAACGCACGUUAAAAUACAACGUCGUUGAACGUGAAACGAGAUGGAUUGUCCGUCGAGGGAACGGUCGAAGUCUUCUGCGUCCAUUUCCGCUUUUCUUCUUCGAGAAAAGUGUCUUAUUAUUUGUUUAAACAAUAUAUCAAAAUAAUACACAAGUUUAUUAUUUUA